CGCCCUCUCAACCGCAGGGGGCAGUGGGAUUGAUGGGGAUGUUUCCAUCAUGGCGGCAUCCAUUUCAGGUUAUACUUUUAGUUCUGUGUGUUACCACAGCGCCAAUAGCAACUCGGAUCAUGAGGGCUUUCUAUUAGGAGAAGUAAGGCAAGAGGAAACGAUCAGCAUCAGUGACGCGCAGAUUAGCAGUGUGGAGCUCAUCCAGGUUGUAGAAAUCCAUAAUCAUGACCCCUGUGCACGGUUGUUUAGGACAGCAGAUGGCUCCAUCUUACAAGAUUGCAGUGCCAGCAAACAGGAUUGUGACAUAUUUUUCUUUCCCCCCUCCCCUGUCACCAGCUUUUAUGACUAUGCGGGCAAAGUCAACGAGGAACAUCUCAGCAGUCUUCUAAAAGAUAGGCGAAAACAUGUGAUUGGCUGGUAUCGGUUUCGGCGGAACACGCAGCAGCAGAUGUCCUUCAGGGAGCAGGUCGUCCACAAGCAGCUGAUGCAGCUGCUCGGCGUGCCCGACCUCGUCUUCCUCCUCUUCAGCUUCAUUUCCACGGCCAACAGCUCCACGCACGCGCUGGAGUACGUGCUCUUCCGACCCAACCGCAGUAGGCACAGCCAGAGAAUCACCCUCGCCAUCCCCAACCUCGGCAACACCAGCCAGCAGGAGUACAAGGUCUCCUCUGUGCCCAACACCUCGCUCAACUACGCCAAGGUCAUCAAAGAACAAGGGGCCGAAUUCUUCGACAAAGACGGCGUGAUGAAGGAUAUCCGAACCAUAUAUCAGGUGUACAGCGCACUACAAGAUAAAGUGCAGGCCGUGUGCGGGGAGGUCGAACAAACCGAACGCGUGAAGGAGAAAAUUCAAGACGACGUGAACAAGCUGAAAGAACAAAUUGCACUCAGGAAACGCAAAACGGCAGAAGAGGAGCGGAUGCUCCGCGAAGCCCGCAAUCUCAACUCCACUCCGGAGGAGAACACGGAACCUUCCGAGACGUCCCUCCCGCCGAGGACACCCUUCCACGCGCCCUCCGCACCCGAGCGGCCCAACAUCUCCCCCAACCCGCCCUCUUACGCCGACCUGCUGUCCCAAGUUGACUCUCUGCUCUCGUCUUCUUCCCCGGCCCCCACCAGCGCCGCUCUGCUUCCCCGCCCCCAAGCCGUGGGUUCUCCAGGACACCCCACGCCAGGCCCGCUGGCCACGGGCCCGGGCGUCGCCGCCCCCCCCUCCAAUCCCGUCGGCGCGCCCGGCUCGCCGUACCUGGGCAACGGCGACGGGUCGAGCUCGGACUCAUUAGACAGGCAAGCGGCGGGGCAGGAGUUCGACGAUGAAGACGAGGACAGUAGCGAGUACGAGAACCUGGUGAGCGAAGCCCCCCGCCUGCCCGUGACCCCCAGCAGCCUUUUAGCUCGAAGUCGAUUGUCGGCCCUGGGCCCUGACGGGGACGCUCGUGGGUCGCAGGCCACAUAGAAAUGCGGCGCCGGGUGUGUGCGGGACACUGACGCACCUUCUCAAGCAAUCAUGGAAGAAAAAAAAAGUGCCAGUCCUGAAAGUGAACGGCAUGUGCACCAAGCAUCCCGCAAUGUUUUUUUUUUUGGUUGUUGUUGUUCUUGUCUCCAUUUUAAGGGGAAACAUUGUCAGCUCACUGGAAGGGGACUCUUAAUGUGUGUGUGGGCGGGGGGGGUUCCCCCUACAAACCCCCACACCGCCUAUGGGUGCUGUCUGGGUACUUAAUUUGGGACAUGUCUGGUGUUUUAGGGUUAUAUGCACAUGCCAACCAGAAAGGCAGUUCCUGCUUCCCCCUCUCUGCACCCCCUCCCCCCUCCCAUAUUACACUAACACACUCUUGCAUCACUUUUGCACUAUUUAUUGCCUUCUUUUUGAAACCACCUCUCAAAGAAAACAAAACAAAAGGGAUGUGAUCAAUCUGCCUUUUCACUUUUUUUGUUGGACUACAAUUGCUUUCUCGUUGUCAUUUUUGAUUUGGAACUUGUAACUCUUAACGAAUGAUCGAUUCAGUACAACAACAACAAAAGAAUUUGAAUCAUAGGGCAAGUAAAUGACAAAUAAAUCAGCCACGUAUGGGUGCUUUAUAUAUAAAAUCUAUAUUUUCUUUUGAUGUGAGAUUAGACGCGAAUGUCAACAAAAAAAAAACACUGAAAUUGUAUCGCGCUUCGCUGCACUUAACAUAAGAAAAAUGUACGAUUUUCUUUGCGCUAUACCAAUGAGGUCCUGUCUUGCUACUUGUAACGGCCUGUCUGACCACUCCAGCUCUUGGUACAUUGUACAAGGUCUUCACAGGGCACACACAAAAACACAAUGUACUGUAGCUUUACUAACCGGAUGCUUAAGGGGUUCCCUUCUACUGCUGCAACACACAAAGCUACCACUAAACUUCAUUUACAGAAAAAAAAAAAAAACACGACAACCUGGCUGCUCUCUCCACUUUCCUCUGCUCCCUGCUAAUAUUUCUGACCAUAAUCACUUCUUGCUCACUUGUUCACUAUUAAAGUCAUUCAUGGAAGGCUUGGUAACAUUUGUAAUGUGUGACUUUUAACCACGAUCAUCGCAACAGCUUUGCUUUCUAUUCAUGGCGCAGCAAAACUUGAGUCUCUAUUACAGCUUUGCUGGUGGUUCUCCCCUCUUGGCUAACAAUGGCCACCCAACUGUCGCUUUUCCCAUCGCCCCCCCUACCUCCCUCCAGGAAACACUAAAGUAGAAGUACAGUAGAGUCACGGCUGUGACUUUGCCGUCUUUGUUGAUAGAAACAGAAAGCCACGACAAAGGCGCAUGAAACCCACUCUGUCAUUUUGAGAGGACUAAAAUAAGGCGGCCCGGUAGUCCAGUGGUUAGCACGUCGGCUUCACAGUGCAGAGGUACCGGGUUCGAUUCCAGCUUCGGCCUCCCUGUGUGGAGUUUGCAUGUUCUCCCCGGGCCUGCGUGGGUUUUCUCCGGGUGCUCCGGUUUCCUCCCACAUUCCAAAAACAUGCAUGGCAGGCUGAUUGAACACUCUGAAUUGUCCCUGGGUGUGAGUGUGAGUGCGAAUGGUUGUUCGUUUCUGUGUGCCCUGCGAUUGGCUGGCAACCGAUUCAGGGUGUUCCCCGCCUACUGCCCGAAGACAGCUGGGAUAGGCUCCAGCACCCCCCGCGACCCUAGUGAGGAUCAAGCGGCUCGGAAGAUGAAUGAAUGAAUAAAAUAAAAUAACAGUCUAGUUUUAGGGCAAUGCAGAAGCUAGAAGGUGUAUGAUGCGGUUACCAGCGGGUUGAACUGAUGUAUUUUGUCUGAAAAAAUGGCUUUUAGCCAUGUAAAUACAUUUGUGGGUGGUUGGGGGGGGGGGCUUCAGGCCUGUCUCAUUUGCAUCACUGAUCAGGAACUGGCAUUGUUUAAAUGUGACUUCACAAUCUCAUGACGUACAAAAACCUGACAUUUGUUGUAUGCUUUUCCCUGGAGAACUGGAGCGUGUGAUGAGGAGCAAAAUUAAGUAUUGAAUGUGCAGUGGGCGUGGUGGCAUGAGUUGAAUUUUGAGACAGGAGUUUGGGAGACAUGCUCUCAAAAGCCCCUCCAAUGAUUCCUAUCCUGUUUGGAUGGUGGCUCACUUCCAAGUUGUUGUGGUUUCAACUCGAAAUGUUUCCCAUCCAUCCCUUUUCGAUAGCGUUUGCCCUCAUAAGCGUGUUGCUGGAGUCAAGCCCAGCUGAAUUUGGGUCAGAGGCGAGCUACACCCUGGAUUGGAUGUCAGACAAUUUGAAAUUUGCAAACGGCCCCAUUCUAACUUGCGUGAAGGUUAAAACCUCUGCGCAGUAAAAGUACACUAAAUGCUGCUAAUUGUUAGCUAUUUUGCUUUUAGCUAUGUGCCGUUUACAUCAGCAGUUUUUUGGAUCCAAUUCAUCUUUGUAUUGUACCUAAUUAACUGAGCAGUCAGGGUCUUUUAGCGUCACAAGAAGGAAAAAAAAAAGAAAAAUACCAGGAUUUCCAUUUCUGAUGUCACCCAUGGCGGGUGUUUUUGAAGUUGUAACUCAAAUUUGUUCGCCUCAUAGCAUAAAGGACCAAGUCUUUUUUUGUUUGUCGUUUUAACAUGUUCGGAAAACAAGAACAGUCCUCAGUAAACUCGAUUGUUCGCAAUCUACAUGUACUUAAAGAAGCAAGCACAUUGAUGUAUUGGAGUGAAAUCAAGACAAUAAAUGUAACUUGGGCAAUUUAGCGAUGAGGCUAACACAAUUGUACCACCUUUCAGACUGUUCAUUGUAUUGACUCUUGUAUCCUUGCGUAACCUCAACUUGAUGAUCACAAACACAGCAGGGCUUUUUGUUGUUUUUAUUUUUUGGAAAGAUGUAAUGGACACUCAUGUACUCAUAAUGGCACGGGGUAAUACUUCCUGUUCUCUUCCUACGCUGAAUGGGACACCAUUGACACCUCCUCCCUGAAUCACAAAUGCCAAGAGAGUCUUCAAGCUUUGAUCUGGAUUUGUGCAAAUGGCAGAAGAGAAAAGGCAUGGUUAUUUGAGCACAGUAUGGUGUUACACUAGGGGGUUAAUAAAGAGAGGUGUGUAUGCGG